AUUAGUGUCACAGCUUGUGUUACGAGUGUUAAACGUGCGGCUCAGCGUCACAACCUCAGUUUGACGGCCACUAUUGAGCGUGGGCGGAGAGUGGCCGCACGUGGGCGUGAUGCGGCGGCACCACCGCGCCCACCAGCUGCCAAGGUCAGGUCGGGGCGAGCAGUGGGCGUGGUGAGGUCGUCUGCCAUGACCUGGGUCAGGCCACCCACGGGCGUGCCCCCGUCGGGCGCUUCCACCACCACCUCGCCCCCCCUGCUGCUGCUUCUGCUGCUGAUGAUCUCCUCAGUGCUCUCCACCCCAGGGAUGGCAGACAGCAGCGGCGGGGGCGGCAUCGGCAGGCAGGUGGACGUCAUUGAGUCCUUGCAAUUGCUGAACACAAGCUACCCUGGCCUGACCGUGAUUCGAGGUCCUAGGCCCUUCGCCCCGGCGGUAUUUCUCCAGGACGAGGCCCGAGAGGUUCGUGUAACAGAAGCCGUGCAGUCAGCGGCUUCGUCCCUGCUGAGCGGCUCCCGUGAGUUCACCAUCAUGGCGACGCUGCAGCAGGAGGAUCGCAAUGCGGGCACGAUCCUGGCCUUCUCCCGCGGAAACCAGCCCUACCUGGAGCUGCAGUCCUCCGGGAGGAAGGAUGAGAUCCGCCUGUACUACAUCCACAACGGCGCGGCCCACGUCGAGGUCUUCCCUUACCGCAUCGCUGACCAACGUUGGCACAAGGUCUCAGUUGUGGUCAGUGGAACCCAGAUUGAGGUGUGGGUAGAUUGCUCCCGCGUGUACCGUCGCCUCGCCCCGCCCCCGAUGACCAACCUCUCUGCCUUGGCUUCUCUGGCACCGCCUCUUGACCCCAGUGACCCCCUGCUGAGCCAAGACCCGAGUUACCGGGAGACUCCGAUGGCGUUGUUUCUGGGUCAGCGCAACAACAAGCACUUCCUCUUUAAGGGUGCGCUGCAGGACGUACGUCUGGUGUCCGGGCCAGCGGGGUAUCUGCUGCAGUGUCCUCAAGCGGAAGCCGAAUGCCCAACUUGUGGCCAGUUCCAGGUCCUGUCAGACCAGGUCAACCAACUCCAGCAGCUGGUGACGCAACUAGCAUCUCGGUUGUCAGCCUCUGAAGCCCGUCUAGCUGCAGUGGAAGAAUGCGAUUGCCAGAGGUCAUGUCGGGUCAACGGAACCAUUAGACAGGACGGUGCAACCUGGAAGAGUGGAUGCGAAAUCUGCUCGUGUGUGCAUGGCGAGGUAACCUGCCGUCCCAUACCUUGUCCUGCAGUGACCUGCAAGAACCCAGUCUACACGGAGGGAGAGUGCUGCCCGGUGUGCCUCAAGCAAUGUUCGCUGAAGGGAGUUGUUUAUGACCAUGGAGAAACUGUGUCCCCGAGGCAAUGUGUAGACUGUGAGUGCCGGGAUGGGAAGAUGCAGUGUCGCCGAGUUGAUCCCAAGGAAAUGUGCCCGCCUUUACCUUGUCCUGAGAGUGAACAGUUCACCGUGCCAGGCCAGUGUUGCAAGUUCUGCCCUGGGGUGGACUACUGUGCUCAAGGCCAUGACUGUCAUGCUAAUGCUACCUGUAUCAACCUUCAGACUACUUAUGCUUGUCACUGCAACUCUGGUUUCACAGGCAGUAAUGGACGAAUGUGCACAGAUAUUGAUGAAUGUCGCGAAGUGGGGGCCCAUCAUGGCCACUACUGCCAGGCACACACCAGGUGUGUUAACACCAUUGGCUCGUAUGUCUGUGAAUGUGAAGAUGGAUAUGUACGAGUGGAUGAGCUGACAUGUGUGGAACGUGAUGAAUGCAGCGAGGGAGCUCACCAGUGUCAUCAGCAUGCUUCGUGCACCAACACCCAAGGUGGAUAUCACUGUACUUGCAACGAGGGAUUUACUGGAAAUGGAUUUGACUGCAAGCCUUUAUGCAAUGCAACGUGUGAGAAUGGAGGUAUUUGUGUGGCCCCAGGAGUGUGUGAAUGCCGUCGUGGGUUCAAGGGCCAAGCCUGUGAGCUCGAUGUUGAUGAAUGUUCACUUGGACUCCACCGCUGCCACCCAAAUUCCCGCUGUGUGAAUCUUCCAGGCUGGUACACAUGCCACUGCCUCCCUGGCUACACUUCACUCAUGCCAGACAAUAGCCAGGGUCUUCUUUGUCAAGAUGUUGAUGAGUGUGCAGCAGGGACAGCCACCUGCCAUGAGUCAGCCACCUGCAUCAACACAGAGGGAUCAUUCAUGUGUUCCUGUGACAAUGGAACCUCCUGCUCUCAUGGGUGCGUGGUCAAUGGGUCAGAGCGGCCCCAUGGAGACGUGUGGACACCUCCUGGUUCUGAGUGUUCACAGUGUAUCUGUUCCGAGGGGACAGUGACCUGUGAUCGUUUCAUCUGCGACUGCUCUGACCCCAAUGUCAACACCAUGUGCUGCCCUCACUGCGACCCGAGGGCCUCAUGCAUGCACCAAGCACAACCACACCGCACUUUCCACAGUGGUCAGCGAUGGAUCUACCAGUGCCAGACUUGUGAAUGUUUGUAUGGAGAGAUAGACUGUUGGCCGCUGGAAUGCCCUCCAGUGCACUGUUCUUCUCCCGAGCAAGUUGCAGGAGACUGCUGUCCGCGCUGCCCAGACGACCCCUGCAUGGCUCCGGAACCCGCGCGCAUCUCCGCCAACACGAGCCUUGGCGGAGGUGCUGCUGACGGCGUGGCUGGAAGUGGAGACGGCGAAGGCAGUCAGCCCACUGAAGCGUCACCGCCUCAGGGCUGCCACUACCUAGGUGCCACAUACCCACCCGGUGCAGAGUGGGCAGCACUCAACGAUGACUGCAUCACGUGCAGGUGUCAGAUGCCGUACUGCUGGGAGGGUGGAAGUCGGGGUGGUGCGAUCCGUGUUCACCGGUAAUCAAGUUGUGGCCUCUUGUUGCACGGGCGUUGCUUGUUGCGGGGCGGGCUAGUGGCCUAGCGUCGGGUAGUCGUCUUCACUCCCUCAGUUUCUCUCACACCAUCAAUGUUUGGGUCCUGCACGACUCACAUCUAUAUAUUUUUUGAUAUCUGGGAUAUGCACGAGACAUGUGUAGAGUACUGUCUUCUUGACCUGAAAGAUUUAUAGAGUGCAGCCAUUAAACC